AUGGCUAGAAGGCCAGAAGCAGGAUACUGCCCAGAUCACGACUCCGAUGCUUACUUUAUUUCAGUUUCAGUAAAGACUCAUAAAAUAAGAGAUAGGGAGACUAAGAAUGCAUGGGAGAGUAAAGAGAUAAAAGAAGACCAGUGCGAGAGGAAUGACUUUCGCCUGCUUUAUCCGAAAAUGCGAAUCGAGAAAGUCCUUUCCGGAUCGGAGAUAGCCCCAUCAAAGCUCGUUCCUUUGAAUGGAGUCAUCGAGUUUUUAUCAACCACCCACGGCGGCGGUGGUAGAGUCUCCAUGAGGAAGACUCGCUGGAAAGGCAACGCUUACGGGAGCUCUUGGUAUGGUCCUGAUCGUGUCGAGUACCUUGGACCACUCUCCGGCGAGCCUUCAUCUUACUUGACUAGUGAAUUUCCCGGUGACUAUGGUUGGAACCUUGCGGGGCUAUCGGCGAGAUCCCGAAACUUUUGCCGAAAUUGGGAGCUUGAGGUUAUUCAUGCUAGGCGGUCAAUGCUUGGAGCUUUGGGAUGUGUCUUCCACGAGCUUCUUGCCGGGAACGAAGCCAAGUUUGGUGAGCCGGUGUGGUUCAAGGCUGGUUCUCAAUCUUCGGCGAUGGUGGUCUUGACUAUUUGGGAAACCCCGGCUUGA